CACCUGAUCUUCUCUGCUGCAACCGCUCUCAGCUCCGACCCCACUGGGAUUGGGUCGAUAAGAAAUGGGUACGGUCUGGAAAAUAGGAAAUUAAGUAUUCGAAAUUCAGACCAGGAACAGGAGUAGAAGUGAAACUGAGUACUGAAAAUGAGGUGCUCAACUUCUGUUCUGGUGAAGUAUAAGACGACAAAUAAAGAUUAUGCUGAGAAAGUUUCUGUAGCACAACUGGAGAUGAUUCGACCCCAACCUCCAAAAAUGAGUGAGGAUGAUAAAGAUUUUGAGUUGUGGGAGAAGGUGGAUGCUUUUUGUGAUUUGGGUUGUUCAGUUGGAGAGGUCACUAAAAUUCUUCAACACAGAAAGUAUGGUGUUGCUGUUGCUGUUGCUUUUGGGGUGGAGAAGAAGGAGAUGAAGUUUGAUCACACUCAGCUGCGCUAUCACUUGGAUUGGGUUGAUGGAAAAUGGGUUAACAAAUCAAGGGAGAACCUAUCUACACUAGUUAGUCGGCAAAAAUCAACAUGUGAUGAAGGUAGAGGUAUUGGGUCAUCGACCUUAAAUGGAAGUUUGGGUUGUGUUAUCGAAAAAGGAACAUCUUGUUCAACAAAUGUGCAUGACAAUCAAAUGUCUCCUCCUGCUGUUGAUAAUUCAUCAACAUUUGAACUUGAAGAGCUGCAACUCUCAACUGCAGGUAAGGGGUCUUGUGCACAAAUGGUAAAUGGCAAUGAUAAUCUUAAAUUGAACCAAGUAGAAGAACUCAGCGAUCCGGGCAGGUUAGGGGAGCCUCAAAAAGAACCAGUCUCUUCUCAGGAGGGGGGUCAAAAUGACAUUGGAGCCAUUUGUGAAAUAGACAGAUAUGCAGAACAAACUGAGGAUAGCAAUGUUCCCAUUGUGAAAAGAUCUACUAUUUGGGAAUUAGUAGAUUCAUUAGAAGUGUUCAAAAAAUUGCCACAGAAUCCUCCUCAGUGUCAUUUGGUGAUGGCAGGCAGUAAAAUUGAGCUUGAAGUACUAGCUUUGACUAAUAAGGUAAAGUUUGCAUUUGUAAUUGACCAGAUCUCCAAGGUAUGAUUCUAGCUUUAAAAGGUUUGUGUAUGUAUAUUUAUUUUUUAUUUUGAAGUCGCUGAAAUUGUUUGAGAUUGAUAAUGGGUAUUGUUGAGUGAGAUAUAUGAGAACUAAAUGCCUUCUCUAAUAUUCAGAAUCUUCAUUAUUAUAAUAGUUUCUGUGUUUAAAUGGGCAAAUCUUCCAUCUCUGUUGUUGUAGUAGGAUAUUGCGAAGUUAUAGGCUGUUUGGUAGGCUUUUCAUCUACUUUGUUUAAGAAUCCUUCAUAACUGAUAAUCAGGGUGCCAUUCUUUUUGUUUCUAGUGAUGUCCAUUCCUAAUAUUCUCCGGGCUGCUCCCAAAUCCUUCAUGUCAAACUCAAUCCUAAUAUUUGUUUUGACCUUUCAAUUUUAUGAUUAUGCUUGCUUAUCAAAACCAUAUCACCUGCAUAUAAUAGUAGAUACUUUGCUUCAAUUUUAGAUCCUUUGUAUUACAAACAUGUGUCAUGAAAACUUCUUGAGAAACCACGUUCAGUGAUAAAUGUAUCAAAUCGUUUAUUCCAUUGACGGGUUAAUUACCACAUUGGGUUUUCUAUUCUAAAUGCAUAUAUAGUAUAGUAUAGAUAUAAUGGUUUUUGCAGAUCUAAUAUAAUGCAAUUGAUGACUCCUCUAUUCUUAUUCUUACACACUUCACGUGUUUGUAUUCUUGUGCCCUUGAAAUGUCACACCAAAAUUCCUUCUACAAGUAACAAUCUUACGUGGCUCUUCUCUCUCUCUUUUCCAAGUCUUGUUAUUAUAGAUAUAUAUACGGGGUCUGGUCUACGACUUUUGCUUUUAAUAAAGCUGCCGUACGUAAUAGUUAUAUCUAUGUAAUUAAUAGCUAGGUAGGUCAACUUUUGGUAGGUAGGUAGGUAGGUACUCCUUCUUCCUCAUUUAUUUUUUCCAGUAGUACAAAGUUUUGGCUGAUAAUCAAGUGUGGUGGGCUGCAGAAGGAGAAUCAUAUAUCGCGUAGCAAAUCUUAGUUAUUGGAUUUAUAUCACACCUUACCUUCUUCGUGACCCGAAACUUGGCCACUAAUUUGUUAUAUUAUUUAUUUAGUUUUCAAAUUAGAAAUGGAAAUUUUCAUUUCAUACUACCAUUAAAAAAGAGUACAUACUAUCAUAUGAGUACCUAUUUCUUUCUAUCUAAGCCAAUUAGGGGUGUUUGUGGUGUGGGUGGUGCCGUUUUUUUUUAAAUUUUUUUGGACCGCAUCGCAUCACUACAAAAAAUAAAGCAUAUACCGAGAACACUAUACCUAUAGACAAUUCAGAACCGCGCCAUAUCUACGCGGUUUUUUUUUCAUUUUAGUUGAUGUACCGAGGACUCUUUACCGAGAACAUGUUCUCGGUAUAGGUUCUUUAUAUACCAAGAACACUAGGGUGGCAUACACGCUCUUCUCCCAUGUCAUUUUCUCAGCAUAGUGGAAACACAAUACUCCAAGACUUUGCAAACAUACAAGAGCUACAAAGGAAAUACGGACUUUGAGGAUGUGGUUGAGCAAUGACCAUUUUUUCGCCUUUGAACUGAGAAUGUCAGUUAGUAGACGACUAAACAGAUGGUUUAGCCACCCCAUGCUCAACAUCACACAACAAACGAUGACAUAUCUUGAAUAAACCGUGUCUGGACUGAGAUCUCCAUAUCCAACCGUGGAGACACUAGCCGUAAUAAGGUAUAAUAUGUCUACAGUAGUAUUGUUGGUUGCCUUGCCGUUCAAAGGGAGGUUAAGGUCCAUGAAGAAAAAUAGGGCAAGUAACAAAAGGCAUAUCCACAUUUUCUACCCUAUCAUCUCUCGAAGAAUGCGUACUGCCACUACAGAUCUUUUACUCUUCUCAACUGGAAUCCAAGUUGAAGGCGCCGAUGAUGUUCUUUUGAGUUUUUUUAUUGUCCAGAUUUGAUCACAUUUUUUCAAAUAACUCUGCAUCAGUAAGUGGUGGACGUUGACGUGGGACCAAAGUGCUACUACGAAAAAAAGGCUUAAUAAACAUUUUAUUGGGUUACACCUACGUGGCUGUGGUUGUGCACGGACACUUCCUUGAUUGAGUAGACUAGUUGACUCGAUAUGCUCGUCUAUUUCUUCAGUGAAUGCAUGAGUUGACCCGAUAUCCAUUAUGCACAAUUCAUGUUCAUUGUUAGCAGGAGCUAAUGAAGUAUCAUCACCACUAGAUUUUGUUCGUUGUACUACAUAAAUUUUAUUAAAGAAAAGAAAUAAAAAACAAAAGAACAUCUUUACUGUUGGGGGAAAUUCUAAUAUUACUGUCAUAUGACAUGUUUUACUAAAGAGGUCCUCAAACAACUUAUCUUUUCUGUUACUCUUUUCAGCCUAGAUAAUUACAAAGAGUCAGUUAUAACAUAUUUGGUUUUCCAUGAUAGCUAUAUAUAUACAGAGUGUCAUUAGUUGGGUAGAAUCAUAUAUAGUGUUUGGUGUAUACUCUUUCAACUAAUGACACCCUUGCAUUUCUUUAAUUUUCUUGCAUUUUCUUAAAUUUUCUAAGUCUGAUCAGUAUUUCUUGAGAAAUUUAUGUUCGAUGGUUUAGGAAAAGUAAGAGUAGUCAUUACUGUUCGAUGUUUUAGCUUAUAACAAGAGGCAUGACAAGUACAUUAUAAUAAUGUAAUGAUUUGUAGGAAAACGAUAUAUAUAUAUAGACAUACGGCAAUUUAGUCAAACAUAUAUUAUGCACCAAAACAGAGAGAGUUCAGCCAAAAUAAUUGGCCUACAUCCAAUGGUAUCCACUAUCUUAGUUCUUCAAUAUGAAGAGAACAUAAGUUUACAAUACAAUCGAGUAGCUCCUCUGUUAUAUAAACUCCUUACUGACAAUCUCAACAAAAUUGUCAAAUUGGUGCAUAAUAUAUGUUUGACUAAAUUGCCGUGUAUAUAUAUAUCUUUGCCUCUUGUUAUAAGUUAAAGCAUCGAACAGUAAUGGCUACUCUUACUUUUCCUAAAUCAUCGAACAUAAAUUUCUCAAGAAAUACUGAUCAGACUUAGAAAAUUAAAGAAAUGCAAGGGUGUCAUUAGUUGAACAGAAUAUACACUAUAUAUGAUUCUACCUAACUAAUGACACCCUGUAUAUACAUAGCUCUCUUGGAAAACCAAAUAUGUUAUAACUGUUUAGGCUGAAAAUAGUAACAGAAAUAAUAAGUUGUUUGAGGACUUCUUUAGUAAAAACAUGUCCAAUGAUAUUAGGAUUACUCCCAACAGUAAAGAUGUUAUUUUGUUUUUUAUUUCUUUUCUUUAAUAGAAUUUAUGUAGUGCAACGAACAAAGUCUAGUGGUGAUGAUACUUCAUUAGCUCCUGCUAACAAUGAACAGGAGUUGUGCAUAAUGGAUAUCGGGUCAACUCAUGCAUUCACUAAAGAAAUAGACGAGCAUAUUGAGUCUACUCAAUCAAGGAAGUGUCCGUGCACAGCUACAUAGGUGCAACCCAACAAAAGGUUUAUUAAGCCUUUUUUUUUCGUAGUAGCACUUCGACCCCAUAUCAACGUCCACCACUUACUGAGGCAGAGUUAUUGGAAAAAUGUGGUCAAAUCUGGAAAAAAAAACUCAAAAGAACGUCAUCGGCGCCUUCAACUUGGAUUCCAGUUGAGAAGAGCAAAAGAUCUGUAGUGGCAGUACGCAUUCUUCGGGAGAUGAUAGGGUAGAAAAUGUGGAUAUGCCUUUUGUUACUUGCCCUAUUUUUCUUCAUGGACCUUAACUUCCUUUUGAACAGCAAGGCAACCAACAGUACUACUGUAAACAUAUUAUACCUUAUCACGACUAGUGUCUCCACGGUUGGAUAUGGUGAUCUCAGUCCAAACACGGUUUAUUCAAGAUAUGUCAUCGUUUGUUGUGUGAUGUUGAGCAUGGGGUGGCUAAACCAUCUGUUUAGUCGUCUACUAAUUGACAUUCUCAGUUCAAAGGCGAAAAAAUGGUCAUUGCUCAACCACAUCCUCAAAGUCCGUAUUUCCUUUGUAGUUCUUGUAUGUUUGCAAAGUCUUGGAGUAUUGUGUUUCCACUAUGCUGAGAAGAGCGUGUAUGCCACCUAGUGACUUCUACCACACUAGGCUAUGGCGACUACCCUUUUGCGACAUGGCAAGGAUGACUAUUUGGAUCAUUCCAAAUAAUUUUUUUGUAAUACUUUACCAACAUAUUCAAAAGCGUCGCUUUUUAGAGAAGCUGGUAGAGGGGGGAAGAAGGCCCGGAUGUAUGAGCAAAUCUGAAUUUGUGCUAUAUUAUCUGUGCAACUGGAAGAACAGUUUAUUCAAGAUGUUGAAAAAAAGUAUCAGGACAAGUACAAAGAGAAAGGCUUAAAUCUGGAUGAUCCAGGGCCACAUUCACAAGUUAGGAGUAAUAAAAAUGAUGACUGAAAUCAUGGUGCUCAGCCUGUGUAAUUUUUUCAUGUGGUAAGCUUUUUUCUUUUCCUUCUUUCUAGUAAGUGCAUGAAAGAUAUCAUUAUAUAAUAUAAUUACUUUACUAUAUAGCAUAAAUAAUAAGCUUGUUUAAAAAGUAUUACAAAAGGUCAAAUGAAUGAAAAACACGUGCUGAAUUUUAUAUAUCAAAAAAGUAAUACUAAGGCAUCCCGACAGUGAAAUAAAAGAGGCUCUCCUCUGCUCAGUGCUCACUUCGCUCGAAUCCUUCUCAUUCUCAAAUACGCACGCGCUCUCUCUCUCUCUCUCUCUCUGCUUACAUUUUUCAGACGUGGUUUUCUCUCAAUUUGAUCAGUUCCCUGUCGAACGUUGGCCUAAUGAUUAUGGCAAUAGCAAGUCAGAUAGGAGUGUGACCUGGGUUGUCGAAGGUUGGAAGAUUGUGCUUUGUUAGAUGAGACAUGGAAGGAAAUGGUGUAGAAAAGGUGCACCCAGGAUGAGUGUGCCAUGGGAAAUCACUGUGUGUUGUUGUACACCAAGAACUUCCACAAAUACAUAACUGAAUGAUAUUUCUUUUAUGUUAAUUAAGAAGUGCAGAAUAGUAUGGUAUGAAAAACACCAGAAUUAGUCAUCAUGGUAUGAAGCUUAAUCAUUAAAGUGA